CGGCGCUUUGGAGAGGCAGAGACUCAGGCUGGGGCUGAAGUGCCACUUUCUCAGCAUUGUCAGUGCGGGCAGCAUCUUCUCCCAGCCCGGUUACAGUAACUGCUGCAGGCGACCUAUCCUCCAGAUCGGGACAGGAGAUUCGGGUUUGCUCCAUCCAUGCGAUCCGAGCCCGACUGAGAGCGCACCAUCCACCUGGAUAAGCGGCAUCGGCAUCAGUAUCAGUGCAGGGAGAACGCGGACGCAAGCAUCUCCACGAGAAUAUGAUGCUCCAACAGCACUUGCUUUUUGUGCUCUACAGCUUCUGUGGGAUUGCCAUUACAGAGGCGGCAACGAAAAACAAAGUGAAAGGUAGCCAGGCUCAGUUCCCCAUCACCCAGAAUGUGACGGUGGUCGAGGGCAGCACGGCUAACAUGACCUGCCGAGUGGAUUAUAAUGAUAACACCUCCCUCCAGUGGUCAAAUCCAGCACAACAGACCCUCUUCUUCGGGGACAAGAAAGCAUUAAGGGACAACCGGAUUGAACUGGUUCGAGCCUCUUGGAAGGAGCUGACCAUAAGCAUCAGUGAUGUUACUCUGUCAGAUGAAGGACAGUAUACAUGCUCGCUCUUCACCAUGCCUGUCAAGACCUCCAAGGCCUUCCUGACUGUGUUAGGUGUUCCAGCAAAACCAGAAAUCACAGGCCUCUCGAGACCUGCCCAGGAGGGGGAGGACGUCACACUGACAUGCACCACAUCUGGAAGCAAACCGGCUGCUGACAUCCGAUGGUUCAGAAACGACAAGGAGGUGCAAGGUCAGAAGGAGGUAAAUGCCACUGGGAGGUCAUUCAUGGUCAGGAGCACCAUACACCUCAAGGUGGACAGGACAGACGAUGGAGCAGCCUACACCUGUGUGGUGGAGCACAUAGCUCUGGGCUCUUUGCCGCACCAGGUUACAGAAGUGCUGGAGGUUCACUAUCCUCCUCAGGUACAGAUUGUGCGCUCAGUAAUAGUACCUCAGGAAGGACAAUACUUCAAACUGGAGUGUGUAUCCAAAGGCAACCCACUGCCUGAGCCAGUUUUUUGGACAAAAGAUGGAGGUGAGCUUCCUGAUGUUGAACGAAUGAUUGUGGAGGGUAGAGAUCUAAUCAUAACCACACUGAACAAAACAGACAACGGCACAUAUCGCUGUGAGGCCAGCAACCACCUCGGCACCAACAGGGAUGAAUUUACACUGUAUGUGUACGCUAAAGAUUUCCCAGGUACAACCACAGAUCCCAAUGCGCUGACGCAGCCCGGCCCUGACCACGCGCUCAUCGGUGGAGUGGUGGCCGUGGUGGUCUUCAUCACCCUGUGCUUCAUCAUCGUCCUGGGCCGAUAUCUGGCCAGGCACAAAGGGACAUACUUAACCAAUGAGGCCAAAGGAGCGGAGGAUGCCCCUGACGCAGACACUGCCAUCAUCAAUGCGGAGGGGAACCACGCACAUGCAGAGGAAAAGAAAGAAUAUUACCAGGGAGCGGCAAGAAAUGUGGUUCAUCUCAAGUCGGAAAACCUUGGCUUUGCCAAUAAUUACGCUUUAAGACAAGAGUACGUGAGAUGUAUAAUGUAAAUAUCAUGUACUGUCUUUGUUUUUGUGUGCGUGUCUGUUGUUUUCCUUUGUGAAAGUGGGUGUUUUUGUUAUUUAUUUAUUUAUUUAUUUGAAGUACGCCCUGUAAUAAAGAAUGUGCCCAGGAGAUACGGACAAUUAUGUAAUGCACGGAGACCCGAAACAAGCCGGCCGAUUGAAAAUGGCAGGAACUCGAUGAAGCACAAAUGAGAAUUGGUGUGUAACCAUUAGAAGCAAGAUUAUUUUCUAUCUCCAUCAUACCUGUCUGUAUAUUCUUGCACUGUUAAUAUCAGCCCCCCCCUCCCCCCCCAAGCGUUUAUUACAACCCUGAAAAUGUAUCAAAUGUAAGCACAAAGUCAAUGUAAAAUGUCAUUGGUUUAGACAGUCUCAGGAUGAAAAGAAGAGCCUAACUGAAUUUGUCUUUUAUCACUGGAGUGAAUGAAUUUUUGGUCUCGCUUUGUGAAUUGAUCUAAACGGCCAUUUGUUCGACGUUUGAAUGGAUGUUCACCAUUGCUUAAUUUCGAUUCGCUGACCGACCCUUGUUAAUAUUGCUGUAUAUUACUUUGCUACAGUGAUUAUUGGUGGAAAAUUGUUAAACUGUAGGAUCCCAUAUAUGUAUAUAUAUUUAUAUGUAUAUGAGAAAAACAAAUGUCAAAAUAUCUAUUUCAAGUGUCCCAUACUUUUAGUUCAUAUUAGUAAGGAAAAUAUUUGUUCGUUAGUUUGUAUUGUCCCAACCCAGGG